AUGGGAAAGGACGCCGGAAUCAAAGGUGUGGAUUAGGUUUCCGAAGGUCUGAAGGGUAUCCACAUCCUAAUUACCAUUUCCGAAUCCAUCGAUGUGAUUGACUGCUGGCUCAAAAGUCCGGAGGACAGGAUUCACCUGGAUGAACCUACGGAUAUUGUGCAUGAUUGGCUUCCUAACUCUAUAACCCCGACGGAGCUAACGGAGGAAUUGGAAGAGGUGAGAGCGAAACACGAAGAGGAAAGAGUUGAGGAAACGGACGAGGAAAGGUUGAUGCGCGAGUGUGAAGAAGGUGCAAUGUUUGAUGAAUAUUUGAGGGAAAUGUAUGAGAAUAAUGAAUUGGUUGAUACGCCGGUAAGGGCUGGGAUGCGAAAUGUUCUAUUUGGUAAAAAUUGAUGGAUAUCGAACACGAUAUAAUUUUAAUGUAUUUCCUACAUUAAAAUCGGUAAAAUCGACAAUUUAUAGACAAGGCUUUCCUACAUACAAAUAAAACAAUCAUGAAGAGACCCAGAAGAUCGAAUAACGAGGUCCAGUUAUAUUUCAACUGUCCGGAAAAGAUGGAUCGUAUUGAGCGAUUAUGCAAGUAUAUUAACUAUGAGGACAUGUCGGUUACCAUCACAAUAGGUGAAAUAGGUCUGCUGGCAAAACAUAGAAUUAAGUUCGGGAAAGGAUGGAUGGGUCGAAACGCCGAAAUUCGAGGUGUGGAUUGCGUUUCUGGAGGUCCGAAGGGUAUUAUUAUUUUUAUUACCAUUUCCGAAUCCGUCGACGUGAUCGACUGCUGUAUCGAAAGUACGAAAGACACGAAGGACGAGAUUUGCCUAGGCUUACCCACAGAUGUCACAAAUAAUUGGUUUCAUACCUCUAUGUCCUGGGAGGGGUGGUCGGAGGAAAGGACUGAGGAAAGAGAGAGGCCCGAAGAGGAGGAGGAGAUUAUGGCGGAAAUGCGGAUAGGAGAGAUGGAAAUGCUGGAAGAAAUGAGAUGGAGGCCGAAAUGCGGGAAGCUUUAUAAGAAGAUCCCACGGUAUAAUUUUAAUGUAAGAGAUGCAUUAAAAUUUUGA